UAGAACGGCACAUAAACUUAAGAAAAUGGCUAGCCGGGUGGACACAAAAGUGGUCUUUUCCGCACCAGAAAAGCUGGCAAAAAUAUGUCGAUUGACAGACCCGUACCGUAAGCCAGCUGCCGGGUGCUCUACGAAUCAUCGGAAAGCGCCAGUGGGAUGCGCAGAAAGUGUUGUAUAUGAGCUUCCGCUGUCCUGUGGGAAGAAAUACAUCGGACAGACAGGGAGAUGUCUUAAUGACCGAUUACGGGAGCAUUGCCAAACUGUGAAAAAUAAGCAAAUCGGUCAUCUGUCAACCCACUGUCAAGAAUGCGGCUGUGCGCCGGUCUAUGAAUCCUGUCGGGUUCUUGCAAAGCACAAAGAUAAAGACGUGCGAGAGAUCAUUGAAGCGCAGGCUAUCUGGCGGAAUAGAGACACGUGUGUUAGUGCCCCUUCAAUCGACCUGUUAGAUAAGGAGACGGCUUUUUUGGAUGGAUAAGAUUUGGAUGAGGUGGCGCCACUGUGCAUGGUUUAUAUAGGUGUACUUCCUAAAAAUCAAGUUGUUGAAGUUAGCGCAUUGUGUUGUCGUCUCCCUUCCGUCCUUGUUUGCUGGCGCUAAAUAUGCUUUCAAUUUACCAACACGCCCAACAAAUGGCAAUGCUACGAUUCAAGUUGGCUUUAAAGAGGUCCAUUGAAGACCAGCACAGACUGAAUGGCACAUAUCCAGCGCUCGAAGUAAAAGAGUUUCUUCGAACAGCGGCACCCACCCAUGUCCCGCACCUACACUGACCCAUGUCGGCGUGAAAGAGGUUCGUUGAAGAGAGACACAUAUGUACACAUUGUCACAUACUCAGAGGCCCAAGUAGGUCCCACGGUUGGUUUCGAAGCAUCUUCCCUCUGCACAGCAGCCCGAUGCGCUACCCAUUUGACCAUGGACUAUCCAAUGACCCAGGUAGGUGGGAAAACGGUUAGAUACAAACAUUGAUAGAUAGAUAGAUAGAUAGAUAGAUAGAUAGAUAGAUAGAUAGAUAGAUAGAUAGAUAGAUAGAUAGAUAGAUAGAUAGAUAGAUAGAUAGAUAGAUAGAUAGAUAGCCCCGGAAAAUGCGCGAAGAACCCUAAGAAUUCUAACGCUUAAAAAAAGAAAAACGAGCACCUGCUUCACCUGCUUCACCUUAACGCUAAAAACGUUUUGUCUUGAAAUGUAUUUAAUACUCGGAAUUUGUUCGCAGUGAUCUUCGCAAACGCCUUCGUACCGAACAAUGCACUGGAAUACAGCGUUUCCAACCUGGGAGGCUUCGAACAAUGCUUACGAACGGUUGCGCCUACGCAUGACAGGUCAACCACACUGAGAGGACAGUACUGCACUAUGACUUUCCGACUUACCAAAGCUUUUGCGAAAAGUUUGGUGAAAAAAUUCAAAGCCACCGGCGACCUUCAGGGUCGCUUCGAUUUGUAUGCGUUGCCGGACAAGAUCAGAGGAAGAGAUUACGCUUUCCUGUUGGGAAUUUGUGGUCCUUCGACAUGCAGUCAGGGGGAGCUAGGGGAGCUCAUCCAUGCAGUUUCUUCGACGUACGGAUGUAACACCACAGUUAAAGGCUGCCGUAUUCGAACGACUACAAUAGUUAGCACCUUCCAAGCGGUGAGCAUGAGCGUAUUGGGCUUUAUAGUUCUGCUCGUCGUUGCCGGAACAUCCGCUGACUUUCUCGUCCACAGAACACGGGGUUCCGACGAAGCGAACAAGUAUGGCCUGCCCAUGGAAAUGUUGCUUGCGUUUUCUGCGAGAAAAAAUGCCAAGCGCCUCAUGUCAGCCCACUGCAGAGCGGCAAACAAGCCACUACAAUUCAUCAAUGGGAUGAAGACUCUGAUGUGCCUCUGGGUUAUCCUCGGACACACGUACAUCAUCAUGCAGACAGAAUAUUACCAUUCUCUCAGACGCUACUUGGAGAUAAUGGACCAACUGCAUUUUCAAAUUGUGCUCGGCACUACUUUGAGUGUGUCCACCUUCUUUUUCAUGAGCGGGUUUCUGCUCACGUUUGUGAUGCAAGACAAGCGGUCGAUAGCAAGCCGGCAAAAUCCCUUCAUGGUCUAUGUGAUGGCAAUCUUCCGCAGAUACGUGAGGCUCAUAUUUCCGGCCUUGGCUGUUUUGUUGGCAUCCACGCUAAUUCCUCUGAUGCUGGAAGGACCAGCAGACGACGGAAUGCUUAUGGACCAAAUAAAAGUCUGCGAUAAAAGCUGGUGGGCUCUUCCACUACUAGUCAACAACUUCAAGAGAAUAGAGGAGACAUGUCUGAUUCAUCUAUGGUACAUAUCAGUAGACAUGCAGGUCAUCGUAGUCGUGGCCUUACCUUUGACCAUUAUCAUGAUUUACCGACCACGCGUAACUUUCCUCCUCGGAGUCAUCCUGAGCAUCGUAACCUGCAUCCUGACGGGGUAUCUGACGUACAUAUGGGAUCUGGUAUUUUCUCUCACUCCUGGAACUUCAGACAUAGGCAAGGUUCUGGACACAGCCGAAUACAUCCACUUUAAGCCCUUUGCCCAUGUGCCUAGUUACAUGAGCGGAAUGUUCUGCGGCUACCUUACCGUACGCUACAGGAAUGCGAAAAUUUCGAAGCUCACGCAGGGCUGUGCCUGGUUUGCGUCGGUCGUGCUGAGUGCGGUCGUCAUCUACGUGCCCAUGCCGUGGCAUCGAGGCCACAUGCCGACGAGAAUGGUCACUGCGUUGUACGCCGGCCUCAACCGUAUCGUCUGGUCUCUACCUUUCUGGUGGUUACACUACGCCUGCGUCACCGGACGGGGAGGGUCAUUAAAUGCCCUCCUGUCCUCAAGAAUCUUCCAAGUGCUUGGACGACUCGUGUAUGGCACGUAUUUAAUUCAUUUUCCUUUGCUGUUAGUCCGCAUCGGAAUCAUCAAGACGCCCCUUCAAGCCGAGGAAUUUUUCCAGACGCUGGAAUUUAUUGGCAUCACCGUGCUGAGCAUGACGCUCGCUGUGCUCCUGAACAUCACCUGCGAGUCCCCCAUCGACACACUGGACAGAAUGCUUUUUCGCUCUGUCGACAAGCGAAUUAUCAAAGAGCUCAACAACUCGGGGGAGGCCUCGAAGAAGCCGCCCUUGCCGGAGAUCGUCGAGAACAAACACGAGAAGUCUCGUCUGUAAACAUGGACAGUCUUCAAUGACCACAAAUUAAAAAUGACU